AUGCAUCAUUGGGAUUCAUCGAAUGACUACGCCGUCGCACCCAGCCCAAUUGUUCGGACUUAUCGACCUGACCCACCGAAGCGCAAGAGUCCCAAUAUGCCAUCCCCAAAGACAGCCCAGGUCGCUGUCUCCCCGAGGCCUCGGGGGGACAGUGGACCAAGGCCCCAGGCCCGCUCAGCAGGCACCGCUGAGCGACCUGGAAGAAAUGAAAGCCUAGUCGACCUGGUUCGCUUCUUUCAGACUCAGAACAUGACAGCCCAAAUCCUACCUCAGCCGGAACCUCCAUCGGAACCUCCCUCUUCGCCUCAACCGACGCAGCCAGUGCAGCCAGUGCAGCCGCCAAGCCCCCCGGACAGCACGACGGCGCUCCCAGUGGCUAUUUCGCCCAAAGAAUCCAAGCCGGAAAUCAAACAGGACCUCAAGCCCUUCCAUCGCCGGUUACUACAGUUUGCUCAGCGUCCCAAGAAGGAAACCUCUGCCAGAUCGAAGAAAGAGGAGCAGCAACGUCAGAUCGAAGCAUUGACCCGAGAAGGAUACCUCAUUCCACCACCUACAUCUAAAGGACCCAAGAUCAAGGACGUGAACCAAUCUAAGGAAAGCCUGUCGCUAUCUAUCUCUCGGUCUCUUUCUAAAUCCAAGCGAGACGUCGAAAACAUCGGCCAGCCAUGGUUGCAGGCCAAAGCCGAUGGCAGGAAUCGGCCAACUGAAGGCCGACACCUGGGCUCUCUGGACUUGGAUGACUUUGGAUCAAUGGUAGACGUUGCAGUCUCACUCUCCGAGUUCGAUGAUGCCGUACCGCCGCCAUAUCAACCAACUGAGAAUGGACCUUCGCCGUCGUCGUCAAUGGUCCCAGCGCCAAGCUCUAGGGGAGGCUCCAGCUCAGCAAACUCCAUUCGGCCGCCAUCUUCUAUCGCAUCUACCAGCCGCUCGUACAGAAAUGUUUCUAUCGACGAACAAAUUCAGCGGCCAUCUGCUCCUGCGUCCAGUACUCAAGCUCCCCCGCAAGAGAAUGAUACUGCUCCCAAGUCCCUGGGGCCACCCAGUGUCAAAGAAACAUACACACCCAGGACUUCAUGCGAUAGCCUAAGGCGAGACCAGUCAGACCGGCGUUCUGUCCGCAAUGUGACUCCAUCUCAGCCGACACUGAAACUUUUCCCGGAUGUCGCACCGCCUCGCAAAUCAAGCAUGACUGCCUGGAGAGCGUCAGUAGUGCCCCGGAACCAGAUCGUCAACAACCUGGCUUCUCCUGCGACCCCUACCCCGGCUCCACAGCCGAAGCCUUCCACUGAGACAGCUGAACCGGAGCCACGAAAAUCGUCAGAUGUCUUUAUAGACCGUCCCACCCCUGGACCCGAGCCACAGAGUACGGGCGCUGUCGAGCCCGCUGCGUCGACUCCGGCCCCUUCAGAGAAAGCAGCAGAGCCCGAUUCGACAAGUCAAGCCAAGUCGCGACGGACCUCUCUGUCUAUGGGCACACUGAAGUCGUUCCCUUUGCCUGCCCCGACUCGGCCCUUGCCAACAUUGCCUGAAACUGGACGUUCCCCAAGUGCUCCCCCAGACAGCGGUGCUCGCUCCAUCCGAUCUACUCGAUCAGGACCUGGGCCCUCGAAUCUCCACUCUUCUCACUCACCAGAGCCGGACACCGAGGAGACCGAACCCAACGCCAGCCCUCGCACGAUCGACUCUCGCCCGACUACUGCUGUUGGCAGCAUCGGAGCUGGAGGGUCCCUUGCUGAUGACGAGGAUAGCAUCUUUACCCCGUCAAUCACAGACUCUUCCAAAACCACUCCAGGGCUAUGCACCGCUCGAGGACGCGCUUCCAGCGUGCGUAUCCCUCGCAUGCAAGACCUUCCCGAAACUCCCAGUCAAGACAAGGGCCAGCCCUUGGCCGACUCUCCAGUUCUUGGACAUGGAACACCCACAGAGCCCAACGGCAAGAGUGCCGCAAAGGGACUUCAGAUCAACUUCAAGGCCGCUCGAGCAAAUCUCCCAUUCGGUCUCCCAUCGCCUCCCCCAACAGGCUCUCUUCCAUCGGCUCCUCCUCCACAACACCCACCACCUGCCCCCCCCGGACGCAAGGCCGGCCAGCGUCACGUCACUCCUCACGGAGGCAAGUAUCCCUCCAUGAAGAACAAGGAAGCCCCAUCCGGUCCAGGCUCCUACCGAAACUCCAUGAUCUCCCGAAGCGACAGCUCGAGAAGCAGUCUCCGGAACGAAAGCUUCCCAGACAACGAAAACCAAGAACCUGAACCCGAGUCCGCCAUAGCUUCAUCCGACGACGAGAUCACCGGUUCAAAAGAAGGAACAAAGCCCUCACGCCGCGAACCCAAGCACAAGCGCAUCCAAACCGUCCGCCACGACGAAUCCGAAAAAGAACCCAGUCGUUCGCGCCUUCGCUAUCCCCAACCUACCCGCCCAGUCCCCCACAGUCGCACCAGCCACAGUGUAGACCAGACCCUCCACCCCCAGUACCAGCAUCAAUCGCGUGAGUCUCAGAACCGAUCCCGCUCUCGCUCAGACCACUAUCUCGAAGACCGGGUUGCGAACCUCGAGCGCCAGAAUCAAAUGCUGCAGGCUGCUCUCAUGGCGGCGUUGAAUGCCAGUGGGAAGAAUCCACUGGAGGGUCUCAAUAUUGAUCCGAAUAUGACACCGUCGUUCCAGAGUGCGCCGUAUAUGAAUCAGUACAAUCGGCAUGGUCGGCGGGACAGUUGGGUGAGUUCUUCACAGAGCAGCAAUAAUAGCGCCUAUGCGAACUCUUGCAAUGGUGCCAAUGUCAAGCAGUUUGACCAUAUGAUUGAGGAUAUCGAGUCUGGUUGGAUGUCUGACAAGUCCAGUCUUAGUGGUGCUCGUGCUGCUCACAGACAUUGA